CGAUGAAGCGGUUGAUUUGUAAAUUGUGGAAGGAUGGCCGACAAAAGAAAGCUGCAAAGUGAUAUAGAAAGAAACCUUAAGAGAGUUCAAGAAGGACGAACUGCAUUUCAGGAAAUAUUAGAUAAAUUUGAAAGUUCAAAUAAUCCAACUCAAAAAGAGAAAUUUGAAGGUGAUUUAAAAAAAGAAAUCAAAAAAUUACAAAGAUUACGCGAUCAAAUUAAAGUGUGGAUAACAGCUAAUGAAGUUAAAGAUAAACGAUUAUUAUUAGAAGCUCGUAAAGAAAUUGAACAAGAUAUGGAACGUUUUAAAGUUAUUGAAAAAGAGACAAAAACUAAAGCUUAUUCUAAAGAAGGUUUAUUAUCUAUUGAAAUGAAAAAAGAUCCUUUACAAAAAGAAAAAGAUGAAUUAGUUGAUUGGUUAAAACAAUGUAUUCAUUCAUUAAAUACUCAGACUGAAAAAUAUGAAUUUGAAAUUGAAAAUUUAUCAAAUAAUAUUAAAAAAAAGCGAAUUGAUAAAGAAAUUAAUUUAAUUGUUAAUGAAAAACGUCAACAUUUAGAAAUGUUUUGUUUUCAUAUUGAAAAACUUGAAACUAUUAUGCGUUUAUUAGAUAAUGAACGAUUAGAUUGUAUAAAAGUUCGAUCUAUUCAAGAAUCAAUUGAAUAUGUUAUUGAUUGUGGUGAUAAUCAUCAAUCUAUGAUUGAUUUUAAAAAUAUUUAUGAUGAUUUAUGCUUAGAUGAGUUAGGUGAUUCAACUGGAAUCACUGCUGCUACUACUGCUACUACCUCAGGUAGUAAUAGUACUACUAGUACUACUACUACUACUACUACUACUACUACGAUUACAGCGAAUCAAGAGUAUGAUUUAAACAGUGUAAUCACUCCUGUUACUACUAAUUUAACCAAUCAUCGAGCUGGUAGUGAUGAUACAAGUUCUUCAAUUUCAAUGCAUACAAAUACUUCAAAUCAUACAGAUUGUUGUUCAGUUAAUCAUCCAAGUUCAUCAACUUCAUCAAAUGCAUCAUCAUCUUCUAGAGAACGUAUAAAAAAUGAUGAAAAAGUCACUUUAUUACAGCAUAUUUCAGCUUCAUCUACUAGUACACCAUUAAAAUCUUCGAAUCUAUCAAAUUCAUGUCAUAAACAUAAAACAAAUUUAAUUAAUCAAACUUCACCAGCUCUUAUGUCACAAAUUGUUGCUGGAACUUGUAAUAAAUUAUCUGGAAAAUUAAAUAAUACAAAUGAAAAUGACUUAAAUACAAGUAAAAUAGCUUUGAAUAUUUCUAAUUCACAAGGUUUAACUGAUGAUAUAUCAAGAAAUCAAGAUAUUAAUCAAACCUAUGCUGAUCAUUCGAAUACACUUACAACGAAUUGUUUACAUUUAAACUCACAAUUAAAAUCUAUUCCAAAUGAUGACAUAACUUCAUUGUCAACAGUAACAAAUUCAAUCACUCCAGUGAUUAAUAAUAAUCCUUCAGGUAAUCAAUCAUAUUCAAAAGAAGAUUCAUCUGUGAUACCUAAUCGAAAUGAAUUGCAUACAUCAACAUCAACAUCAUCAUCAUCAUCAUCAUGUGAAACUUCGUAUAUUUCAACUCCUGUAAAUCCUCCAUCACCUAUACCAUUUCGAAGUAAUAAAGUGUCUGAAGCGAAUAAACCUCUUAGUAAUACAAAUGUUUAUAAUAAUAAUAAUAAUAAUAAUAAUACAUUAUUGUUAACUUCAACAGAUGAACGAGUUGACAAUAAAAAUCAUACACCUCCUAGUUUAUAUUCAACAGCUAUGCUAGCAGCUUCUCAGGAUAAACAUUUAUCAUCUUUACUUACUUGUUCUCAACAUUAUCCAUCUCUAUUGCGUACAUCUUCAAAUAUUAUAGAUCCUUCAUUAACUACAAUUUCUUUAUCGAAUAAAUAUCAAUCUGUAUCGAAUAGUACAUCUUUAUCAAUUUCUUCAACUAUCAUUUCAAUAAAUAAUCCUCAAAGUCAAUCAUCAUAUUUAGGAUUAGAAAAUCAAUUAUCUAGUCUUCAAUCAUCAUUACAUUCACAACAAAUAAAAAAUCAACAAAAUAAUCCUGUUCAUACUCAUAUGCAUCCACGUGAUGCUGCUGCUCCUUUUCGUAAUCGAAAUUUAGAUAAACCUAAAGGUGCUGUUCCACAAGAGCUACUUUUACAACUGCAAGCCCUAGAAAGUGGUUACCGUCGACUACCUCAUCCAUGUGAUACUGAGAGAUCACGUAUGAUCAUUUGUAAGAAUCCAGUGAAUUGUCCAAGUUAUUAUCCACGUGAACCAUUGGUCGGUACAGAUAGUGAAGAAUAUUAUAUGAAAUUGGAUGCUCAAACAUUAUUUUUUAUAUUCUAUUAUUUUGAAGGGACAAAAGCUCAAUAUCUUGCUGCUAAAGCAUUAAAACGUAUGUCAUGGCGAUUUCAUACAAAAUUUAUGAUGUGGUUUCAACGUCAUGAAGAACCGAAACAGAUUACAGAUGAAUAUGAAUCUGGUUCUUAUAUUUAUUAUGAUUUUAGAACAAUGCGACAGCGUAAAAAAGAAGAGUUUAUGUUCCAUUAUAGUUUCUUAGAGGAUAAAGACUUUUAGUGCUGGGGAAUGGAUGUGUUGCCAAGGAGUGUGGGGGGGGGUGUACGGCCAGAUUUGCUUCAAUGAACUCAAAAUUGUAAUUCACUGUGUAUUUUUUUUGUUUGUUUUGGGUUUUUGCUUUAUUUUUCUUUGAAAUACUGUUACAUAUGUUGCUCACUGUCUGCAUUUUACUAUUUCGAUGUGUAAUUUCUGCUUGGUUUUCCUGUUCAAAUUGUUGUCACAAUUCUGUCUACUUAUUUCCCCCCCCGCCCCCACCGUCUCCAAUGUGUGUGUGUGUAUGUAUGUGAAUCAUCACCACGACAACAGCAAGUACUCCUUCGAUUAUUAUUAAUUAUUACUGUGUUAUCAUUUAUAUUGAUAAUCAAUUAUCAGUGAUUUUUAUUACCUAUACAUAAAACAAUAACAAUAAUAUGCAUAUAUAUAUA